AGACUGAACUCAGGGCAGUGGAGAUUAGAGCGUUUCCUGAGCUAACAACAGUCUCCUGACUAGGCUCUGACAGGUAAACCCAGAACACCUGAAACGGGCUCAAAGAGAGGGGGGAUAACUGAAUAAAGAGCGGCGAAAUGUCUCUCAGAAGAUCCACAGCUCGUUGAUGUUGGUUUUUAUAUCUGUCAGCGAAAACGGGCCUCAGUUUAUCACCGAUUAGCUACAUUCAGCAGCUAGCUCUGAAGCUAACUCGCUAGCUGAACCAAACUAGUCCCUUUUUUUGGCGUCAGUGUAACAACUGAGAGACAGGUGUGCUACCUGAUAAUCCGGACUAAAACCCCGAGGAAUAUAGACAGGUAGGUCAGGUUCUCUUCUCUUUUGUGUAUCGUUAGCUGUGUGCUGGGGUCAGAUUGUAUCCUGUCUGUAAACACGUCAGCGCCGAUAUUAAAAAAACGUGUUUAUUAUCGAACAUAUCUGCUGUUUUAAGGCUCAGGUGGAGGUUUGAUCGUCUGCUGUAACAGAAUAUCCACAGAAACUAGAAAAUGCAAUUUCUGAAGAAAUUGCGAGUGGGAUUGCUUCAGUCGAAAUUGCUAGCGCUAAGCUGCUAUUGCGAAUGGCUGAAUUUUAAAAUAUGUGAAAGGUCAAAAGGUAUGAAGAAUCAGGAAGAUUUGAAUCAAUUGGAAUAAACUCAAUUGAAUGAAUUGAAUAAUGCAUGAAUAACAAUUUUAGAAAAUUCAACAUCUGAAAAUUAAAAUGAUUAAAAACCCUGAAGUAUGGGAAAGGCUUGAAGAACCAAUAAGUUUUGAAUCAGUUUAAAUGAGUUGGAAUUUGUUUGAAAGAACUGAAUAAUGUAUAAAGAGUAAAAAAUAUUUAAAACUGGAGAAUUAAAAGGUUACAAAUCUGGAAGAAAAAGAGGUUUGAAGAAUCAAAACGGUUUAAAUCAGUUUGAAGGAAAUAAAUUAGUUUGAAGAACUAAAUUAUGCAUUUUCAAUGAAUGAUUGAAAAAUGGGGACAAUGUAAAUGAAAAAAAAUCCUGAUUUGACCCCAUAAUGUCCUCAAUUUCUGUAGCUCAAGGUUUGUGCGAAGAGAUAGAUGACAAAGUUCGUCAAAUAACUCUAUUGAAGGGUUUUAAAUGUAACCCCCAGUACUCUGUGUACUGAGCCUGGCUUCAUGUGUCUCAUAUGGCUGUUAGAAGCAGCUUUCCAGCCAGCUGUGUGUCUCCAGGUGCUCUUAUUGGUUGCCAUGGUGACUGCAGAUGCUUAACAACAGCAGGAGAAAGGAGGCUUGAGGCUGAGAACGUAAUGCCCAAACAACGUCAUAUUUCUCAUCCUCUGUAACUGCUAUCUUCAUGAUCAGGAGCUUGUGAGUACCACAAGGCCCGGCUGAACACGUUGAUACAACUUCUGUGUUUGUGGAGCCAAAAAUGCCUUCGCUACGACAAGUUAAAAACAUGUCCAGUUUGUGUUUCCUCUGAAAAUCCUCCUCUCAGGUUUACAUUGGAGUCAAUGGAGAAAGCUGGGGGAUGUCUGCGGCAGUUGGUGUCUGCCCAGGCCACUGUUUGUGUCCUACAGCUUUGAUUUUUUGGAUGAAGAGUGACAGCGAGUUUUGCCAUCACUGUACCAAAUUUUAUCUGUGUAGAGCGAAGUGAGUUGCCACAAUCCUUUUGUAAAGACAAAGUUUUGAGGUUAAAUUUUCAGCCCCUCUCACUCUAGCUGUGAGGUCACCCACUCUAGCGGCCAACAUUCCGUGCAAUACACACUAAUGUUAAAACCUGAACCGGUCAGAAAAUCUUUGGACUUUUUGAACUGUCACUGUGAGAAAAGUAUGAAUGCCAUGAAGAUGGUGAAUGAAUGAGUGAAUGUCUGAAGAUGUGUGAAUAUUUUAAAGUUUGAAUGAAGUUUCUAGGUGAAAGUAUGAAUGAAUGAGAAGAGGUUGAAGUUGACUACGUCUGAAGCCCUUUUCCCAUUGAAUCCCAUUAUAACGAAGUUUUAAACAAAUCUUAAUAUUUUGAAAAGUACAAAUGGGAUUAAAAAUGUUGAAGAUGUGGAAUAAUGCUGACGAAUUUGUGAAUAUUUUGGUUUUUGAAUGAAGUUUCUACGUGGAAGUAUAGAGUAGUUGAAGGCUUUUGAAGAUGUGUGAAGAAAAUGUGAGAAAAGGGACAAUUUGAACAUUCCGUAAUGCAUUUCCAAUGGGAGAAAUCGGUCGGAAAACCUGGAAUAUCUCGGAAAGUAUGAAUGUUAGGAAAUUUUUGAAUACAAGCCGGAAUCUCCUGAAUGAGACGAAUCUUUUGAAGUUUGAAUGGUUUGAAUACGUUGAAGUAUGUGGAAGGAGAAGCGGUCCAAAAAACGGCGGAAUAAUAAUAAUAACUAGAAAAUGCAAUUUCUGAAGAAAUUGCGAGUGGGAUUGCUUCAGUUGAAAUUGCUAGCGCUACGCUGCUAUUGCGAGUGGCUGAAUUUUAAAAUAUGUGAAAGGUCAAAAGGUAUGAAGUAUCAGGAAGAUUUGAAUCAGUUUGAAUAAACUCUGUUGAAUGAAUUGAAUAAUGCAUGAAUAAUAAUUUUAAAAAUUCAACAUGUGAAAAUUAAAAUGAUUAAAAACCCUGAAGUAUGGGAAAGGCUUGAAGAAUCAAUAAGGUUUGAAUCAGUUCAAAUGAGUUGGAAUUUGUUUGAAAGAACUGAAUCAUGUAUUAAGAGUAAAAAAUAUUUAAAACUGGAAAAUUAAAAGGUUACAAAUCUGGAAGAAAAAGAGGUUUGAAGAAUCAAAACGGUUUAAAUCAGUUUGAAGAACUAAAUUAUGCAUUUUCAAUGAAUGAUUGAAAAAUGGGGACAAUGUAAAUGAAUAAAAAUCCUUAUUAGACCCCAUAAGGUUUUAAAUGUUACCCCCCGUACUCUGUGUACUGAGCCUGGCUUCAUGUGUCUCAUAUGGCUGUUAGAAGCAGCUUUCCAGCCAGCUAUGUGUCUCCAGGUGCUCUUAUUGGUUGCCAUGGUGACGAUAGAUGCUUAACAACAGCAGGAGAAAGGAGGCUUGAGGCUGAGAACGUAAUGCCCAAACAACGUCAUAUUUCUCAUCCUCUGUAACUGCUAUCUUCAUGAUCAGGAGCUUGUGAGUACCACAAGGCCCGGCUGAACACGUUGAUACAACUUCUGUGUUUGUGGAGCCAAAAAUGCCUUGACUACGACAAGUUAAAAACAUGUCCAGUUUGUGUUUCCUCUGAAAAUCCUCCUCUCAGGUUUACAUUGGAGUCAAUGGAGAAAGCUGGAGAAAUCUGGGGGAUGUCUGUGGCAGUUGGUGUCUGCCCAGGCCACUGUGUGUGUCCUAUGGCUUUGAUUUUUUAGAUGAAGAGUGACAGCAAGUUUUGCCAUCACUGUACCAAAUUUCAUCUGUGUAGAGCGAAGUGAGUUGCCACAAUCCUUUUGUAAAGACAAAGUUUUGAGGAUCAAUUUUCAGCCUGUCCCACUCUAGCUGUGAGGUCACCCACUCUAGCGGCCAACAUUCCGUGCAAUACACACUAAUGUCAAAACCUGAAGAGGUCAGAAAAUCCUGUGAAUUUUUGAACUGUCACUGUGAGAAAAGUAUGAAUGCCAUGAAGAUGGUGAAUGAAUGAGUGAAUGUCUGAAGAUGUGUGAAAAUUUUAAAGUUUGAAUGAAGUUUCUAGGUGAAAGUAUGAAUGAAUGAGAAGAGGUUGAAGUUGACUAUGUCUGAAAGCCUUUUCCCAUUGAAUCCCAUUAUAACGAAGUUUUAAACAAAUCUUAAUAUUUUGAAAAGUACGAAUGGGAUUAAAAAUGUUGAAGAUGUGGAAUAAUGCUGAAGAAUUUGUGAAUAUUUUGGUUUUUGAAUGAAGUUUCUACGUGGAAGCAUAGAGGAGUUGAAGGCUUUUGAAGUUGUGCGAAGAAAAUGUGAGAAAAGGGCCAAUUUGAACAUUCCGUAAUGCAUUUCUAAUGGGAGAAAUCGGUCGGAAAACCUGGAAUAUCUCGGAAAGUAUGAAUGUUUGGAAAUUUUUGAAUACAAGCCGGAAUCUCCUGAAUGCGAGGAAUCUUUUGAAGUUUGAAUGGUUUGAAUAUGUUGAAGUAUGUGGAAGGAGUAGCGGUCCAAAAAACGGUGGAAGAAUAAUAAUAAUAAUAAUAAUAAUAAAGAUAUGAAUAACAUAUAGUGGGAAUGCUCUGCAAUCCCACUCAAUAAAGAUAUGAAUAACAUAUAGUGGGAAUGCUUCGCAAUCCCACUCAAUGAAGGUUCGAGCUGACUUCAGAUCUGUGCCUCAUGGUGCCGGGGUAAUGACGUCAUGUUUCCCCCCGUCCAUACUCACCUGAACUCAGAUUACACACACAGGGACAGUUACAUGAUACUAAAGGUGAUAUAAACUCAUCUGAUGAACAGAUCAGAGCCUGUGGUGGGUUGGGUGAAGAAGACCCCUCACAUGAAGAGGAUAAAGGUUUUUAUGGAGGACUAAACUGAAAGUGAAAGGUGUGUGAGGCUCUGUGCCAUGUGUUUGUUAUGAGCUGACCCACCGGGUUCCUGCUUUCAAUCGUCUCUGUCUCUUUAUGAACGUGUAAGAGAGCAUGGGAGCUGAUGGCUGACACAUGAUGUUUAUGUAUUUUUUAUUUUAUUAUUAUUUUAUUGUUAUUAUUAUUUAAUAAUCAACAAUCAGACUGAUUAAUGAAUAAACAACUAUGCCGGACUAAAAUGAAAAUUUUUUCAAACAAAGACAGAAAAAUAUUUCGUCAGGUUUUCUGUAAUAAUUCAAAACAAAGAACAACAAAACAUAAAAAGUCAUACUUUCACUGGUCCAUGCACAUUACUGCCUAAUAUACAUUGACGGUCUCUUCUAGAAACACCUGAAGCUUCUGGUUGAUCCUGAGAUGGCUUAGAAUGGACCAUAGACUGUAUAUACUAUGGACAACCUUGUUCCGCCUCCCCCCUGUAUAUGGAUUUGAAGCCAAAAAGCUCUCGGUAUUUGGAUUAUCAAAACGCUAUGUGUCUUUCAGAUUAAACACGGUACAAAAGUCAAGCAAAACAGGAUUAUAAGAAUGAUUUUGGUAUUUUGAAGGAUACCUAUCAAGCCACUCAUCCAUAACCAUGUUAUAAUCGCCAUCAAAAAUAAGGUUUUUGGUAGGAUACCUUUGGUAGAGAUCCUUGACUGACUGUGUGAUUUCAGAAAUUAAGAUUGUUGUAUCCAUAAAUGUUUCCUAGAAUUAGAAAAUCCUCAUUUGCUUAAAAAAAACAACUAAUUAUCCAGUGACCUGAUGGGUCUCUGUGGUCAAAAUUUUCCCAGGGAAGUUGUCUAAGAGUACAGCCACACCUGCUGAUCUGUUUGUGCCGUGACUAAAUAUAAUUUUGUCACCCCAUUGAUUUGACCAGAAUUUUUCAUCAGUGUCAUUCGAAUGAGUUUCUUGUAGGAGAAGACAUUGUGCUUUUUCAUUUUUGCAGAAUAAGAAGGUUGAUUUUCUUUUAAUAGAGUCUCUAAGGCCCCGAGCAUUAAGAGAAAUAAAGGAGAAUUUAGAAUUGAAAAAAGGCAUAAAAAAGGUAUGCAUUUAACUGGGAAGUGUGGACUUUGCUUAAGAUUAAACACUCGAGUAUUGCCCCUAUCUAACACUUUUUGAAGUAAUAAAAAUUUGUAACACAAUUUUGUCCUUCAAUAUUUAUAUCAGCGAUGAAAAGGAUGUUGAUACUAAUGUAAACUUUGAGAAAACAAGAGCAAAGUCAGGCACAUAUGUACCUGAAGCUGUGAAGCAAAACCUUCAAGCUUAGUUUAAGGAAAAGUGCACCAACCAUUUAUGACCUAUACUGCAGCCUGUCAACAGAGGGUGCUGUUCUCGGAGUGGCUUCACCCAGCGAGGAGGCAGACUCUGUCCAUUCUACAUACAGUCUAUAGAAUGGACGUUAGAGCCUCUCUAUGUGCUCUGGAUCUACAGGCCGAGGACGUGGGCGUUAAGAAGAUACAGCAGACUGUUUCUAAAAUAACACUGAGCUAAUGAUCUGCAUGUUUAUCUCUGCAGGUAUGGUGCAGCCUCAACCUGACGGCCCCAUGCAGUGGGAAAUGUCUGGAGAGGACAGUGGGGGGGCCCUCAGGGUCCCCCCGGAGCUUGCUGCCAACGAAGUGGUGACCAGAUUACUGGGAGACAACCAGCAGCUCAGAGGUACAAGAACUAAUCAUCAAGUUUUAAUAAGAAAACGGAACACAUGCAAAAAAAUUAUCAAUGUUUACAAGAUGCAAUUUAUGAAAAUGGUUUUAACCAAAACACAACAGAAAAGUAGAGAUGUUUUAUAUCGGGGCGCACCAGUGUAUUGGUGGAACAUCUGCAAAUAUGGUCCCUGUUGAGGGACAUCAACACAAUGUCAGCUGAUGUUCGUCUGUGUCUUUAUCUUUGUCACACAAAUCUAAAGCUAUCAUCCCUUUCUGCAAUUAGGAGAAGAUUUUAUUGAGCAGCGGAAGUCACCUGUAGGACAAACCGAUUUAUUUUUAUGUUCAAAAUGUGUCUGCAGUUAGGGAAUAAUAGAACACAAUCUUCAAGCAAGAUCAGCAACAUGCAGCUUGUGAGACAUGUUUCAGAGACAUUUUUGAGGGAGUUUUAAGAUUAAACUAGCCGCUUCCCUCAUCUUAUUGUUCUCAUAAAAAUCAGGCACAAAAAAAUACACAGAAGUCGUGCAAAAAGCAUCAAUGCUGGAUAUCAACAUCUGCUAAAUAGAUAUAGUAAACACCAGUCUAUUUUUUAUUUACCACUUUUUUCAUCGAGGUAAAACAAUCACUGAAGUUCAAAGGGAUUUCCGCAAAAUAAGAAAAAUAUUUUUAUCAGAAAAUUAAACUGAUUGAUUGUGUUAAUUACAUUAGAUUAAACCGUUUCAAAAGUAAAAUAGUUUUGCAGGGUAGAAAAGAUGAUCAUAAGCUUCAUUUAUGGCUCACUGCAUCAAGACUGACGAUGUUAAUUAUUAAAUAUCUCAUUUUAUUUUGUUCUGCUGAUUCUUGCCUCGUCCUUCUGUGUGUCUGCUCAAGAGGCCAUACGGGGGUGCAAAGAGCAUUUCUGUCAGUCUACUGGUUAUUUGUUAACUGAAUCGGUCAUGCAAAUGUCUCAUGUUGGUAAAUGUAAAUGUACUGUAGGUUCUGGGUAGACUGCUAACACCACGUUGCCUCUUUGAAUAACUGAAGCUGCCUGGAUCUGAAUAGAAUAAACAUCACUAGAUCUAGUUUGUUUGAAAUCACAAAGUUUUCUCUGUCCAAAUGGAAAGUAGAGAAAGACUCUGUGAGCAGAAAUCUGCACGUAGGGAGUUAAAAUGUCACUUUGGUCCUGUAGUCACACAUGAGCGUUGACUUCUAUUAAUAUUGACCAUGUGGUUAAUUCACCAUUACAGCUCAUAAAGAGACUCUUUGUAGCUCUCUGUCUCAUAGUGUCUAGAAGUCACAGCAUCUGUCUGCUGAGUCAGAAUACUCCUCUAUAUUUAGCUUCUUAUCACAGUUUUACUUUCCUCAUUGUUUGCUUUCAUCCCUUCAUCCUCUAGAGGCGUUAAGGCGGAGCAACCUGGCCCUGCGUCAACGCUGCGAGGAGAUGGAAGGAUGGCAGCGGAGGACGAGAGAGGAGCGAGAGUUUCUCAGCUGUCGCUUCCAGGAGGCCAGGGCGCUGGUGGAGCGGCUGGCCCAGGAGAACCACUCCUUACAGGGGUUAGUGAACGGACCGGCCUCCUCCUCCUCCACGUCCAAUCACUGCUGCAGCUCCAGUCAGACUGAGGAGCUGCAGGGACGCUUGGCCAAGAACGGACCGCUGGACGGACCAAAGGUCAGCUGGUUCACACGCAUGUGCCUCUUUAAUGUCAUGCAUUCACAGCUGUUUUUACAUGUACACACACUGCAUGGCUCCCACUGAGGCUGUGGAGGAUUAUGGUGUCCAGAGAUCAUCUGUAUUUUAACCUCUUGUUUUACUUGCUUGUUGUUCCCUUUUGGCUCAAUUUUAUGGGUUUUGAUGCUUUCAUUGUAAAUUCUCACAGCGUUAACAUGUCUGCUGAAACAAAUUACUGGCAUGUGCCUUCACACACUUGAGAUGAUCUUAUCGUAGAAAUGGUGUCAUUAAACCGUUUGUCCAGCAGAGAGCGCUCUGACUCUGUAAUUCAGAAAUCCUCUCAACAUUGUCUGCAGCACAUGUAGCAGAAUACACAGCUGAGUUGACCUUAGUUUAUUCUGAGAUUAGUCAGCAUGCUAAUAUUAAAUAUUCUAGGAUAAAUUUAAAGGUUACAGUGCAAAAGAAGUGUAAAAAGGUCUACACAAAUGUGUGUAUCUGCCAGUAUGUGUCUCAGAAAUCUUGUAUCUUUCAGGAUCUCGAAUUCAAAUUUUUCCCCAAAAGAAAGUGAUAUAUUUUAGAGGUGUAGCUGAAAAUUCAAGAUUGUGUCUUUAAAGUAUUGUUAGCUGGGUUAUUCUUUUAUAAAGCAGCAAUUUUUCCACUCGGACGUGUCGUCACGUUGGUGAUCCUCUUAUUGUUUUUUGCUGCAUUUCUCUGAUUUCAGCAAAGUUGUUACUGCAGCUAGCAUGUCUUGUUUAUCCGUGAUCUCUGCACUCCUAUCAGAGUUCUUUGUUCCUACUUCUCCCUGAGGUUUCUCAGGUCUGUAUUCUCCUCUUUUCCCAUCUUUGUGUCAGCUUUUUCCAGAAGUUUCCUAUUCUCUGUUUCUGAACAUAUGACGUACUCAUGUCCUCUCUUUAGUCACAGUAAUCUGGCUGCAUGUUGCGAUGUAGUGUUGAAUAUAAAACCUGAAGGCUGCCAGUGAGUGCAUAUCAUCCACUCAUCAGAAACUCUACUAACUCUAAUGUCUAUGAAUGAGACUGAAUCAGCAUGUCUCUGUUUUGUUUCAGACUCUGGAUCAGCGAGACAAGAAGAGAGUGGAGGAGACAGAUCGGCACACACAGACCACGCCCCCUCGUAGCCUGGUACGGUGAUGGUUCAGAUGUUGUAAUAUCAGUUGUGAUGCGUUUGCUAAUUUUGACGUCUAACCUGUCUGUUCGUGUGUUUAGGGCGAUGCCAGUGUGCUUAGCUCCCUGAGUAGUGCCCUCCUGUCUCCCCCCUCCUCUCUGUCAGAGGCGUGGGGGGAGAUAAUGGGCAGGGAGAAUGGCCAGGUGAGCCUGCUCGUUCUACCUGCUGUCCACCAAUCAGAUCCCUGGCACUUAAUCUGUGGGCGUCUAACUUUGGUUUAAUGCUUCACCCCCCCCACCCCCACCUUCCCUCACCUUUAACUGGAUUCAGGCCGAGGUUUAAAAUCCUGACUUCCUGCUCGGAGAAACAGUUUCAAACAGCCUGUGCGGUUUAAGCUUUGAUGAUAAACCUGGCUCUGAUCAUCUCUCAGCAAAAGUUUAACAGUUCCUCUGUGUGUAUUCGAGCAGGAAAACUGGAUUUAAUCACAGACAGACACCAGACAUGUCCUUGUGUUUAGCUUUGAAUGGAGCACAGCUUUGACCCACAGCUCUAAUCGACCACCACACCUCCUCCCUUUAAUCGGCACUUUUUAUCCUUAAUUUUUGUUCUUUUCUUCCUUGGUGCACUGUUGAUUUUCGCUUCUGUCCCUGCACUACAACAGGGUGACCAUGAUUUGCCUCACCUGUCCUCCUCCCCUCCUGUCAUCCCAUCAUCCGUUAAUCCCUGAUUCUUUCUGUUUUCAACUGUUUUUCUGCAGCCUGUUGAAGGUGCAAACGAUUUCCUGCAGCUGCUGAAGAGCCACAAAGAAAAGCUGGAGGAAGGGAUGAGAGAGCUGAGGAAGAGGAACGAAGAGCUGGAAAGAGAGAAAGAGGAGGGAGAGAAAGAGAGAGAGCGAAUGAGGCGCUGCAUCGACCAGCUACGAGCAAAACUGGCCCAGGCACAUGUAAGAAACAGGGGGGAACAACCCACCAAAAACGCUAUUAUCGCCAACAAAUGUCUGCUCCAACUCAGUGUCUAACUCACAAAGCAAACAGAACUUAUGAUCUUCAAAGUAUGACAGUUUGAUCCAUUUUUGGGUUUUGUCGUGACUGAGGAGAGCCACAAACAUCUCCUCUCUCUGCUGCUCGGAGCUGCACUGUGCGCUCUAAUCCUGACAGAGUUGACCUCUGAUAUGCUGGAGUGGUUUCACAACAGAUGCGACUCAGAUUUCACGAUAUGUAACCAUCUUACACCCUUAAGCAAGCUUACAAAAAGCAGCUUUAUCAAAUGUGGAAAACACUCUCACAUGCAUGGUAGCAUGAAUGUGCAGGAAUUGACGCGGACACAGCAUGAGACCAAUUUAAUUGCUUAUAAUUCUAAAAAUACUGAUAUCAGAGUCAGAUGAAUAGACUUAAUAUUGUUGUUAUGUCACACCAUUCACAAAUGCUCCACUGUUAAUACUACCCCAGCUAACAGUAAGUAUGUCACACUAGUUGUACAUGACUGUUAAUGUCUCAGCCUUAUUGCACAAAGAUGGUAUUUGCUCUGCAGUGCGGUCUGUGCAGCAUUCAACCCUGUACAUGCUCUCUGCUUUAAAAGAAAACGCACAAGAUACAGUCAAACCCACAUUAGCAGUAUCAAAGACAUAUAAAAUCAGAUAUGGGUGCAGGUUUUCAACACAUGAAACAGUUAUUUCUGCUGUGAUAUCCUAGAAUAAGUUCAUUUUUAAGACCUUUGCUGUUGUCUCUGAGGAGGUUUCAGAAAACACUGGAUAUCAAGUGAAACGUGCUCCUGUAAAUAACACCACACUUCUCCUCUGCGGUUAAAAAGCUCCUUUGCUGACAUGUUGGAGUUCCAGCUUUACAGGUCCGUGCAGGAAAUGUAGAAGUCCAGCCCUCAGCACUUAACUCUUUAAUAUUUUCCCUACUUUAAACUUCAUACUAAACCUGCUUUUGAUUUCUACCCACUGGUACACAUGACAUGACAUUCAGAUGAUUGUGAAGACACGAGUCUUAACUUUCUAGUCUGCCAUCUAAAACACUUGUUCAAAUGUUUUCCAGGCGAAUAACAUCACCGAGGAGGUGGUAACUCAUCGCUCUGAGGCUAAGCACUCCUCUGACUGGUAUGAACUGUUUAUAACCCUGGUAUUAAACAUCCAAGUGCACUGACUGAAACUAAUCCAGUGAACUGAUGCUAUGUUUUUGACUGCUGUCCAAUUAAUCAAAAAGGGAAAGUUCAGUGUUUCUGCUGUGUGGUUGUAUGAGGUUGAAUUCAAUAGUUAGGUGUAUUAAUCACAGGGAAACACGGUCAGCUCUGCCGCUUUGUUUUGGAACCUGACAGAAAACACGAGAGUAGAGCCAAAACAAACAGGCUUUCUGGCAGCGUAUUGCCCUGAAUAGAGCGAGAACAGAGCUUCGCUUGUAGUUUAUUAAAGGAUCAUAAUGAGGUUGUAAGAGUUAGCUUGUGGAGUGGUGGUGUGAUCAGGGGAAAAAAAGGCACAAAACACUUAACUUGGGACUUCACGGCUGCUUCUCUUUCAUCAAUUGAAACACAAUGUUAGCUUUGUCAUACACGACAAGGCGGUGUUACGGUACUCACUGUUAACUGAGUUGUGAAUCAAAGAAAAAGAAAUGACAGGAACUCAAUAAUGGCGUCCACUCAUCGUGUACUUGUCUUCUCAACGGACCACAACAAAGGCGCCACUCAAUGACGACCCGGUUGAUAGUCUAGCUUCUGUCCAGACCGAGAUCCUCUGUUGUUAAUACACUGACUGUCGAAGAGCGACUCAUACAACCACGCUUCAAAAAACACUGAACUAUCCCUUUAGCUAAACUACAUUUCUGCUGUAAUCCUCCUGUACUGGAGGAGUCUGGCAUGCUUUUAAUUCCCGUGUUCUUCUGCCUAUUAAAAUCCUCACCUCUGAGAUAUCUUCCUCCCCCUUUUCCUCCUUCCUCCUUUCUCCCCUGCCUCCUCCUCCUCCCUCCUUGUUCCUGUUUCCAGCUCUAGCCUGGCUAAACUCACAGAGCAGCUUCAGGCCACACAGGGCAGGUGAGCCCUCACCUGUGUGUGGCUUCUCUUCGUCACAGUCUGCAUGCUUAUUGCUCUUCAGUCCCGUCUCUUAUUUAAACUCUUACUCUGAUUCUGACGCUUCAUGCCUGUCUCUCAUUUCUCUUCAUUUUUAAAUGUUGCUUGAUUUGUUUUUGUCUCUUAAAUAAGACACCUUUUGGUUUGUUUUCACCCUGUUUUAUUUAUAUGUCUGUGAUUUAUGCUGUUUAUAUUUUCACCCUUUCAUUAUUUCGUCUAUAAAAGAACAAUCUGAGGUCCUUAAAGCCUGCUCUGUCUGUCUGUACAUGACGAGAUGAAAAGCCCUCUUCUCAGAAAAUAAUUUUAGUCUUUUUAUUCAGCAGAAUGAAAGAAAUAAUGUGUGAUUAUUGAAAGGUAUUUGUGGCUAACACUGCUUUAAACAUAAAGCGCACCAAAAAUAUCACAGACUGUCUGAAGUACAAGAAUAGACUGAAACAAUUGUACUGGUUGUUGUCAAGACCCAGCCAGGAUUUAACUUUGUUUUGAGACACUUAACAGAAAAGUUAAGGUUUCAAUCUCUCUCACUUUAUGAUGUAGUUUUAGUGAUGCACAACCUCAAUUGCAAAUAAGUGAGUAAGCUGUGAAAAAUCAUAGUAAAACCAAUUUGAUGGGUUCAGAUUCUCUCAAGUCUAUACUUGACUGAAAUUAGUGCAAAGACAGCAUAUUAGCAGUCAAAACUAACAAGUUAUUGUUAUUGAAAGAAUGAGUGGAUUUCAUCAUCUACAGAAUAUUAUAUCAUUAAAAGAUUUAGAGAAUCUGGAGAAAUCUCUGAACAAAAGGGACAAGAACCAAAAACCAAGACUGGAUGGUCCUGAUCUUCAGGCCCUCAGGCAGCAUUGCAUUUAACAACAGGCAGGAAUCUGGAGUGGAAAUAAGCGCAUGAGUUCAUAAUCUCUUCAUAAAACCAUUGUCUGUGAACACAGUUCAUCAGUGCUUCCACAAAUGAGGUUCAAACUGAACUAUGCAAAGAAGAAACAUGUUUCAGAAACCUCUCUGGACCUGGGUCUGUUUACGGUGGACUGAGGGGAACUGUCCUGUGGUCUAAUUGAGUCAUAUGAAACUUUGAUAAAAGUUUGUGAUUUUGUAGUGUGUAUAAAUCUCAGUGAAGUUAUGUACGGGGUCUGUCUAUAGGUAUCGUGAGCUGGAGGAGAAGCUGGAUUAUCUGCAGAAGAGUUCAGCUCAGCGGGACAGAACUGAAGCUCUGCUCAAACAGAAGGACAAAGAUUGUGCACAGGUUGGAAUUUCAACUAAAAACUUCAGAAUCUCUUAUUUUAUGAAGUUUCAAAGGUGGUCGAUGUAGCUUUAAACUUGUUUUUGCACAGCUGGCGAAGGACUGCGAGGCUCUGAAAGCUCAGGCGACGUCUCUGCUGGCAGAGCUAAACGAGAGGCAGAGCUGUUUGGACAAAAGUGAGCACGAACGCAAAGUGAUGGAGGAAAAGUGAGUCAUAACAUCUCAUCUCAUCAUACCUCAUAUAGAAAAUAUGUCCAGGGGUGUGUGUGCGUGUGCUCACCUGGUGUGUUUCUCUCGGUCUGUUCAGGCUGUGCAGUAAGAUGAAGGUGCUGCAGGUGGCCGAGCGCGAUCAGGAGCAGCAAAGAAAGCAGCAUCAGGUGGCCAUGGACAAACUGCUGCUGCAGACCCAGAGCCUGGAGCAGGCCCUGAAGACGGAGAGGCAUGUGGUCACAGAGGAAAAGUGGGUUCAACUCACACACACACGUACACAGACAUCCUCCCAGCUGAUUAUUUAAAAGGUAAAACCUUACAGAGGUGUUGGCUUGACUGGUCUGUAAAUCUUCUUUCUGUUCAGGAAGAAACUGACCCAGCUGCAGCACGCCUACACCUGUCUGUUCAGAGACUAUGAUGCCAAACUGAAGAGUGAGGUAAACACAGAUCUUCAUCUUUAUCCACCCUCGUUAUUUAAGCUCAGACACACUCUUUGACUCUCAUGAGUUUGUCUCUCAGGGAGGAGACCUGUGCAGCCGUCUGGAGGAGGCAGAGAGAGCUCUGGCUCUGAAACAAGACCUGAUCGAUAAACUGAAGGAGGAGGUGGAGCAGCAGAAAGGCUCUCUAGAGACUGUCCCCGUUCUCACUGCUCAGGUACGCUCACACAGCUGAUGGAUGAAUUCAUCUGAAGCUGUUUUCAGAGAAGCUAAAAGUUCCUAGAAAAUUUCAGCGGCUCUGACCUGACCCACGCAGGCACGAACGCAGGCAUGCACACACGGUGUCAAGUCUCCCCUCGCAGAUGGAAGUGUGGGUUUUUUCAGGAGACCAAUCAUGAUGUUAAAUAGACACUGCGUUAAGUUUGAUAGUGGUUUCCAAGAUUAAAACUUCUGAUCAUUUAAUUUACUCUUCAGUAUAUUUUGAUUUACUUUCAGGCUUAUUCUUUAUUUUUGUUUCCUUCUCAGCUCGUGGUUGUGUUUUUAAUUUUAUCAUCAUGCACAGUAUUUUCCACUGUCCUUAGACAAAGCAAACAGUCAUGUAUGUGACUGGGUCUUAUCUAGGCCAAGGCUACGUCUUAUCAAAUUAAGCUAUGUGCUACUAGAGCGUAAAAACAGAACAGGUAAGUCAUGAACUCUCAUAAGCUUCUUAAAAAAAAAAGUUUUUCUUUAAAAUUACAGGCCAUUAAUUCUAAAUUUGCAUCUCUCUAUAAUUUAACUCCAACAACCGGAACACCUCUCCUUUAAAACAUUUCAGAGCUUUUUGAACCCUAAACUUACAAACACACUCUGAUUCCCCUGAACUGAGAAGAACUUCAGUACAGAGUCUGGAGGUGACUUUGCCUUUAGUUAAACCUUCUUUCCUUGUAUCCUCUGAUCGCUCAGGCUGACAUCUACAAAGCGGAUUUCCUGGCGGAGCGAGAAGCGAGAGAAAAGCUGAAUCAGAAGAAGGAGGAGCUGCAGGAACAGCUGACUCAGGCCCGAGCUGAGAUCGAACGGCUCAAACAGGAGGCCACAUCACGGUAAAAAUAAAGUCUAACUCAAACCCAGAUCUGUGGUGAUAAUCAUUUAGAUGUUCAUGCACCGAUCAUAGAGUCCUCUGGGAUUUCUGAUCUUGGUCUUCUCAGUCCUGAGCAUCCCCAUCUGUAGUUUGCUUACAGCUGUUCCUAAAGGCUGCUGACACUCUCGAUAUCUAAAAUCAGGCCUGUGUUCACUUAAAUCCUGAGAGUUUAACAAAUACAAUAUGUAAAUGUUUUUCUGUCUCCAGAGCACGUAUGGAACAAAUGAAGCUGAGACACCUGGAAGACUUCCCAACACGAGCCCCACACAUUCCCCCUCCACAAGGUACACACACACACACACACAUACACACACUUUUAACAUCGUUUUGAAGCCUCUCGUGCGCCAAUAAAUGUCAGUUAUUGUAUUAGGAGGUCAAUUUCAGUGAACGGAAACUCACAUAAAAAAAGUCUCCAGUUUUAACCACAGAGAAACAGAUCAGAGCUUCCUUCACUAACCCUUCUGUGCUGUACUUAAUGGCCUCAUCAAACACAGUAAUAUCAUGGUCAGCAAACUGGUUUCUGCUAGUGUGCUGUAGGCAGGUUCCAGGUCUUGCUCGAAUAGGAAACCUGUAUCUCCAUAAAGCUUCUCAGCAGAUAAAGGUCUCUAGAAUCUCCUGCAAGACUUUGGGCUACUUUAAAAAAACACAGUAGACCAGCAGCUGCAGAUGACAUGGCCUCCCAAAUCAUCACCUUGGAUUCUGGUCCUCUCUGAUCUUCCUCCAGAUUCUGGGUCCUUGAUUUCCAAAUGAGAUGCUGAAUUGACUUUCAUCUAAAAACAGGACUUUUGACCUCUGAGCACUAGUCCAGUUCUUUUUCUUCUUAGGUGAGACAGAGGCUGUGUCCAAAAUGGAUCUCUAACCCCUAUAUAAGUGACUAUAUGGGAAUUAGCACCAUUUUGAGGGGUGUCCAAAACCUGAGUGAUCAAUUCCAAUGUCCCAUAUAGGCGACUCAAAAUUUCCAAUAAAGCAUUGCAAAUGUAGAGACCAUCCGAUGGUCACUCCCCAGUGGUGGGCAUCCCGUCAUGCAUUGCGUCUUGCCAUGUAGCAUCCGAAACCUCCGGCGAUUAAGUUCACUACAUAGUCAGCUAUAACCCCUAAUCCCUAACCCCUAACCCCACAUGAGGGUUAGGGGUUAGGGAUUGAGUGAUUUAUUUCGGACACAGCCAAAGAUGACGCUGUCUCUGGUUCAGGAGGGUCUUGAUAGUCCACUUCCUGGACUCGUCUAUGUGUGGAGGCUCUUGAUGCUCUGACUCCAGCCUCAGUCCAGUCCUUUUUUUAAUGAUUAAUUUUUUUAAAUUAUUUUUAUCUACACUAUAUUUUACUGAAUUUUCUGACCUGUCUACCCUGUUUUUGUGAUGCAGCAACAACAGAAUUUUCUUUCCAUGCAUCACAAAAUUAUUAUCCUAUCAGCUUCAUUUUCAACAACAAAGGUUACCACUUGGUAAAACAACACAUAUUUGAUAUUUGUGUUUCAUAAGUUACUAAACUUACUGCGUUGUAAUCAGAGUGUGUGCCUUUUUAACCAGAUAAUCAACAAACUGCUGCAGCUUUAGAUGGAGAGUAGUAACAGUGGCAGCCAGGACUCUCCCUGCUCUGUAGAAACAUAUUUUCCUCCAUCAUUAACUGGAGUUCUGUGACUCUUUCUUCUCCCUCCUCUUCCUCAGGGGUGUUUCCAGGUGCAGCCUUCAACACAGUGCCCCCCGCCCCCUCGUACCGUAAUCAGGGUCUGUUACCUGUGGGUGAUCCGGGGGCAGCAGGGGCCGAGGAGUUGCCAGAUUUAUGUUGUCCUAAGUGCCAGUACCAGGCUCCAGACAUGGACACGCUGCAGAUACAUGUGAUGGACUGUAUACAGUAAUAUAUGUGCCAUACAUACAGAAUAUUGACAUGUUUGUUCAGUGUCUGCCCACAGCUCCACCUACAGCCACGAGAAACAUGUGUGAUAGCUGCACCUUACUCUGUCUGACACACACACACACACACACACACACACACACACACAUCAUAUCAUGUUAAGAAUAAAGACGAGUGACUAUCAGACGACAGCGUGUUGACAGACAGAUAAUCGGCGUGUUAUUGUUUUCUAACAUCUGCUCCAUCAUUUAAACUCUGCUGUAGCUCUUCAUCCCAUAAUGCAUUUCUUCUGUUUGUUUUUUCCUGCACCUGCUCAUUUAUUUCCCAUCAGCCCACCUUCCUGCAGUAUUUAUACAUGUAUCCUCCCCACCUCCUGUCAUACACGUCAGUAACUUUCGGGCCUAAGGAGAAAAAUAGUGAGAGUUCAGAGGGUAGAAAAAGAUGAAUGUGAAUAAUUUAGUGAGCUUUAAAUAAAUAAAGAAUAUUCAAUAUGUUCUGGUCAUAAGUGUUGCUGUCUGCAUUACCUCAAACAUGUAUUAUUAUGAUUAUUAUUAUUACUCUGUAUUAGAGAUGGAUGUAUUUCAGCCAGUCUCUGUGUUCUGUGCCUGUGUAAACCUUUGAAUGCACCACUGCUUUACCCGAUACUAAACUUGCCCCUGAACGCAGCGUAGCUCCUGUUUGUGUCCCUGUUUGGUCUCCUUUUUACCUGUGGCACCUGGUUGUGUAUCUGCAGGUGAGCGCAGAGAGGGUCCCUCACAGUUUGUGUAAUUAUCGUCUGUAAUUCAAAAUCAUUUGGUGCAAAAAAAUAAAUAAAAGUUUCAGACUGUCAAAGAUUUACCAAAUAAAUCAGUUAUCCAGCAGCUCUUUGUGUCCCGUGUUGUUUUGAAUAUUAAAG